ACUAUUGGUGUGCCACCAGUUACCAGACUGGAAACACUGGGUUUUUGCGCAGCGAGCGAGGCUCGUGCAGUAUCCGAGGGGCAGUGAACGCCACACGUGCAGACUGACUAAAGUUCAGACUCCAUGAAAGUGUGAGGAUCCAACAUGAACCUCAGAGACACGGUGGUGGACGCGGUGUCCCGGUACCGAAGGGCCGCUCUCCUGGUGGCGGGAGCCGGCGCGGCCGCUCUGGGCCUCGCUCUCGGAUAUAAAUACCUGCUGAGGCCGGAGAAACGCGUCCGCGUGGGCGUCGUGGCGCAGAUCUUCAUUCACCCCCUCAAGUCCGGCAAAGCGCAGCCCGUGGCGCGCGCAGACGUCCACAAAAUGGGCCUGAGGUCCGGAGACGCCCAGGACCGACACUGGCUGCUGGUGACGGACGACGGCCACAUGGUGACGGCCCGGCAGGAGCCCCGCCUGGUUCUGGUGUCUCUGACCUGCCACGGAGGGCAGGUGGUUCUGAACGGACCCGACAUGGAGGAGCUGCGCUUCCCCGUGAGGCAGCCGGGCAACCGGGUCGUGGACUGCAGAGUGUUCGGCGCCGACGUUCAGGGCCGGGACUGCGGGGAGGAGGCGUCUCGCUGGUUCGCUCGCUACCUGGGCCCAGAGAAACCGCUCCGCCUGGUCCACUACGAGCCGCACAUGAAGCCGCGGAGGUCGGCGGACAGCGAGCCCGUUUUCCCCAGAACCGAGACGGUGGCGUACCCGGACGUGGCGCCGGUCAUGCUGCUGUCGGCCGCCUCCGUCGAGGAUCUGAGCAGCAGGAUGGAGAAGCCCGUGACCGUGGAGCGGUUCCGACCCAACAUCGUGAUCAGCGAGUGCGAGCCGUUCGCGGAGGACUCGUGGGAGGAGCUCCAGAUCGGCAGCGUGCGACUGCGGCGCGUGAUGUCGUGUGGAAGGUGUCUUCUCACCACCGUCGACCCUGAAACUGGAAUAAUCAGCAGGAAGGAGCCUCUGGACACGCUGAAGAGCUAUCGUCAGUGCGACCCGGCCCAGAAGCACAUCUACAAGGCGUCUCCGCUGUUCGGGCAGCUGCACGCGGUGAAGCAGACGGGGGCGCUGCAGGUGGGAGACGAGGUUUAUCAGAUCAGCCGCUGAGGUGAGGAUGAGGAUGAAGAGGAGGAAGCACCGACUAGUGGCUCCAAACUAGACGUUUAUGGAGGAUUGUGUCAUUUCUAGAUGCUAAUAAACGGAGCUGCACACGA